AUGACAACGCUCCUUGAUCUGAAGAGUAGUGUGCUGAGGCAGGUGCAAAGAAGCCAGUCGCUGAGGAGCAGAAGGGAGCCGCCACCCUCCGCCAGCAGUCCUCUCACACACUGUCCCGACCCGCUACCUCACAGGGUUUCUGAGGAGAGCGUCAUGUUCUUUGAGCGUAUGAAUGCCAUCCUGCAGAAACAGGACAAGAUGCUGCAGGCUGCCCAGGCUGAGUGCCAACGAGGGGCGAACGCAGUGCCACCGCCCGCAGAGCAGGUCGACCAAGCCUUUAUCCCAGACAGAAUCAGCAGGAGAGAGCUGGACCUACUUUAUGAGGAGGCUGUGUACACAGUGGUCAACCGGGUGGGAGUGGCUACACCGGAAUAUGUAAAAAGUGAAGAAGAUAUAUUCACUUUUCUUCUGAAGGCGUUUGACAUGGGCAAGGAGGAGCAUGACAUCAUUCUCCAAAAAGUGCAAGAAUCCAAGCGAGCCAGUUUCUCCUUGAGAGUUUCUGUGAUGAAAGCAAAGAAUCUGAUGGCAAAGGAUGCAAAUGGGUACAGCGACCCCUACUGCAUGCUGGGAAUCCUGCUGGGCCAGAGCCCAAGGGAGUCCGAGGAGAAGAAGGAGAGAAAGUUCAGCUUCAGGAAGAGGAAGGAGAAGCUGGAGAAGCGCUCCAGCACCAAGGAGGUGUUGGCUGCGAGGUGCAUUCAUGUCACCGAGGUGAAACCGGAAACCCUGAAUCCAGUCUGGGAUGAGCACUUUGUCUUUGAUAUAGACGAUGUUCACAAUGAUCUCUUGCAUCUUGACAUAUGGGAUCAUGACGAUGAUGUCUCUGUCGCAGAAGCCUGCAAGAAACUCAAUGAAGUCAGUGGACUCCGAGGGAUGGGCAGGUAUUUUAAACAGAUUGCUAAAUCAGUGCGUUCCAAUGGAUCUGCAUCAUCAGGAUCUGAGGAGAACGCUGAUGACUUCUUGGGCUGUAUCAACAUCCCUUUGAAUGAGAUCCCUGUGGUCGGCUACGACACAUGGUUUAAGCUAGAGCCUCGGUCAAGUGCGUCAAAAGUUCAGGGAGAAUGCCACCUGAUUUUGAAGCUCUUCACUAGCCAGAGAGACACAGCCUUGUCUAAAAGAGACUCAAAUGUCUCCAUUCACAAGAAAUUGCUGAAUCAGAUCCUGGAAUAUGAGCAUGCCAAUGUUCAGAGAGAGCCUUAUAACUGGAACGGGCAGGUUAGUCCCCCAGCGUGGACUGUGCUCACUCAUCAUGCUGUGCAAACUGAUCUUUCACCUCUCCAGCAGGCAAUUAUUCGCUGGCAGUGCUACAGCAGCCACCAUGGGACCCAGAGAGUGUGCUACUCCCUGCUGCUGCGCCUCCUGAGGGCCAUCGAUGCAGAGUGGGACCCUCCUGCUGUGAGAGGAGACCUGGAGAGGCAGCUGUCAGACAGCUUCAGGCUGUACACAGAGCACUGCCUGUGCCUGAUGAAGAAUAUGCGUCAGGUGUUCCCCUGUACCAGCGCCGCUGCCAUUACACGCUACGAGCUCAUGCUAAGGGGGAUUGGCUACAUGCAAAACAUGCGGGCAUUUAAGACUGUUUGUCCUCUUCGAAAUGAACUGCAUUUGGACAUCACCACUGCUGUCAAGAAAGGGACAGCAGAGUGGUAUGAGAGCGUAAUUGCACGAUAUAAACCAGAGGAAGGGAGUCUGGAGGAGCAGCUGAAGAGGCUGGUUCAGGUGGUGGAUGCAGUGUGUGCAGACGUGCAGAAAGCCCAGAACAUCUACAACAAACUCUUUUACAACACAGUGAAAUUAGAUUUCUUCAGCGUCUCAUACAGGCAGUUGGAGAAACUGGUAGCUGAUGAUAUAAAUGUAGCCAUGGAGCGUGUGUGUGGGACUCUGGAGCAGCAGAGCUCCAGGCUGACUCAGGCCAUGGGAGAGACAAUCUUUGAGCUCUUUAUGUCCUUGAAAAUCCUCAAAGGCUUUCGAGAGUUUCUUCCCCUUAAGGAUGCUAAAAUGUUGGCCUUGACUGGCUUUCAUAACUGGUUCAAGUCCUCCAUCCACAAGUGGCUGCAGAUUGUCCAUGACAGAUCAUGUGACCGGAUUCGCAGGGCGGUCGACAAAGACAAGCUGGAGCCAGUGCAGCAGGCCAAACACAGCUCCUCUGCAGUGGAAGUAACAGCAUGCUUCAGCCAGGUACGCGAGAUCUGGUUCCAGCUGGCCUGGCCAGACUCUGCAGGAGCCUUCAUCUUUGUCACCCGCUUGACGGACAAUUUCUGCAGUGAGGCUGUGUGCUAUUCAGAGAUGAUAACACACAAGAUUGAGAGGAACCAGCUGGGCCAAGACCAUAAGAGCUUCACAGUGCAGCUGUGCAUCGCCUUGAACAACACAGAGCACGUGCGCGUUUUCCUGGCCCACCUGCCCCGCGACCUGGACUGGCAAGGUGUGGAGCAGGCUAUGGAGGAGUCGUGCGGGGCCGAGGGGAAGGAGCAGGUCUACAAGGCCCUCAACGGGCAGCUUUAUAACAUGGACCUGGACCUGCAAAGAGAAGCCAAGCACCUCAUCACCCUGCUCACUGACAAGAUGCUGCCUGAGCUGCGGAGAUACAUACAGCACAUCAGCCUGUCCCCAGACUCCAUCAACAACGACGACGCUGUGUCCCCUCUUAUGAAGUACCUACAUGACACCAUGGUCAUCCUUACCGCGACCCUUGUGAAGGAGAAUCUGGCAAGAGUUCUCCAAAGCCUGUGGGAGCUGCUCCUGCGGAUGAUCCUGGACACCAUCACAGAAAACAGGGGCGUGCAGGUGGAGUUUUACAACCGCUUUCAGUACACGGUGGAGACCUUGUUGCAGUUCUUCCACGCCAAAGGAGAUGGUCUUGCCUUGGAGGACAUGAAGAGCGGCGACUACAAGGUCUUGGAAGAGGAGCUCAAGCUGAAUAAAUGUUCCUCCUUCGAGCUGAUCGAACAGUACUUUCUGGAGAAGAUUUCCCAUCAGAAAACACUGAAACAUACCCGCUUCGGUCGAAUCAGUGUGAAGUGCUACUACGAUGCUCCGGAGCAGAGGCUGACAGUGGAGAUUCUGCACGCGGCAGAUAUCAUCGCUCUGGAUGCCAACGGUCUGAGUGACCCAUUUGUCAUCGUGGAGCUCUGUCCUCACCACCUCUUUCCCAUGGCCAAGAGCCAGCGCACCCAAGUGAAGCUUAAGACACUGCACCCAGUAUUUGACGAACUCUUUUAUUUCCAUGUCAGUCCUGAACAGUACAGGCACAGGUUUGCAUGUUUGACCUUCACUGUGAUGGACUAUGACUGGCUCUCCACCAACGACUUUGCCGGUGAAGCCGUGGCCCCUCUCAGUGACUUUUGCUGGCCAGGGAGACCAAACGCUUCGGCAGCCGGCAAGAGCGUCCAGCCAGUCAUUCUCCACCUGUCUCGAAACAAGCCCAGCGAGAAGCCAAUCAUGAGGAUGCUGGACGCACGCAUCGGAGACAGGGAGGCUCAGGAGUUUGUCCGCAGGCUGAAGGAAAUUGAGAAGUCGAUGGAGGAGGAGUAA